AGUUUUUCCUUCUUUUUCUUCUGUCUGGGGGUUCAGUUCAAGUUGUUUGUCUUCACAUAAUAAAUGAAUUAAUCUAAAGGAGGAAGGGAUCCCCCAAAAGCUCCAGACCUCUUGUAUAACCACAACUUUGCUUUCACAUUACAUUCUCACUGAAGAAAAAGAUCACUGAUUUCGUGACUCAUUGGGCGACUCAAUUCCCAACUAGCUAGGCUUAAUAAAAACGUUGCAAAAGCAAGCCAGUGGUAGUCUCUCCUAUUUCUCCAAGAAGCUUGAAGUCAAAAGUGCCAUAAAUGUGCCAUCUUUUCUUUCUUAAUUCUCUCUGUACAAAGUGUUUUUCCAGACCAUGCCAAGCUUUAAAUAGCACAAUUAAUAAUAGUCGGGUGAUGCUAAUUCCACACCACACAAACAAACAAACAAACAAAUCAUAAAAUAAUUCAUCUUCAUAUUUAUAAAAUAGUAAAAAAACCCCCAGAAGUUACAAUUUAUAGCUCAAAAAAUUAAAAAGAGAGCGGAGGGAGGCAGCUCAAAUCACUUGACCAUCCUUCAGACUAUAAAAUAAUCCCAGAAAGGAGAAAGCAACAAAGCACAGCAGUUCCCAGGAGCGGCGUUCGGCGGAAAAGCGUGCUUCUUUGACAACAAUAUUGAAAUCAAACUCAUCCCCAACUUAAGAAUAAUUUUUUUUAAAAAAAAAAAAUAGAAGAAAAGAAUAAGGAUCAAAGGCUUAAUUCUAAAACAAAUUAAAUUGAAAAAUGGCCCAACCCAAUGAAAAUAUUGCAUAAACCAUUCAUAAAUGUCCCCUCUUGGCCCUGCAUGUAGAUCCUUCACUGUCCCCCUUUUCCAGCCCUUAUAAACGAACAGCUUUCCCACCCCCACCCCACAUGAAGCCUCUCCAUGUCCAUCUCUUCCGUCUCUUCUUCGUCUUCUUCUCCUCCUCCUUGUUCAUUAUUAGCACCACUUUCUAGUGCCCUCGUGUGCUUAAAAAAUUUCACUUCUUUUUAUCAUGGCAACUGCAACUGGAACUGGGUCGCCCUGUGGAGCAUGCAAGUUUCUCCGGCGAAAGUGUGCCGCCGACUGCAUAUUUGCGCCCUACUUUUGCUCCGAGCAAGGCCCGGCACGGUUCGCCGCCAUCCACAAGGUGUUCGGCGCCAGCAAUGUGUCCAAGCUCCUGCUGCAAGUUCCGGUCGCCGACCGCUGCGAGGCUGUCUUCACAAUUGCUUAUGAAGCCCAGGCCAGGCUUAGAGAUCCCGUUUAUGGCUGCGUUGCUAACAUCUUUGCCUUGCAGCAGCAGGUGACGUGCUUGCAAGCGCAGCUAAUGCAAGCAAAGGCUCAACUGGUUCAAAGCCAGCUCAUGGGAUCAAGAAAUGUGGAAAGCCAAUGGCCUGGAAAUAUGCUAGGAUUGCAGCCAUCAUUCCCUACUGCUUUCAAUCCAUCUCAAAGCUCACUCGAAUCGGUCGAUCAAGGCGUCGAUGGAAUGGCAUUCAAGCAGGAAAUACAAAGCAGAUCAUCAUCAGAUCACCAUGAGCUUUCUUUCUUGAAUUACGCCAAGAAGAGACCUUCACAAACUGAGCUGGGUGAACUUCAAGAGCUGGCCCUAAGGAUGAUGAGGAACUGAUCAUCAGUAGUAUCCAUUCAAUCAUCAUGCAUCUCUCUCUUACAAAUAUGAUCAUGAUCAUGUUGAGAAUGAUGAUUUGAUGGUGCCUUAGGAUGAUGGGAAACUGAGUACCCUAAACUCAUCAAUGAUCGAUCAAUCAUCAUGGAUCUUUCUCUCUUAGGAAUAUGAAGUUUGAGAAUUUUUGGCUUCAUGGUGUAUAUAGCUAGCUAGGGAGACUAAUUAAGAGAAUAAUUUUGGUUUAAUUUCUACCAAAAUUAUGUAAUGAACCCAAUCGCAAGAAAGAAGAAACGAGCUUUCUUUUCUGA